GCGGCACACACGUGGGGCAUUGCGUUAGUUUGCAGAAAUAUGGCGGGUAUGGAGCUGCUGUCUGAUCAGGGGUACCGUUUAGAUGGAAGAAAAGCCACCGAGCUGCGAAAAGUUCAAGCCCGUAUGGGUGUGUUCGCUCAGGCCGACGGUUCUGCGUAUUUAGAGCAGGGAAACACGAAAGCUCUGGCAGUGGUGUACGGCCCGCAUGAAAUGCGAGGUUCACGCAGUCGUACCCUACAUGAUCAGGCUGUUAUCAACUGUCAGUACAGUAUGGCAACAUUCAGCACAGCAGAGAGGAAGAGGAGACCACACGGAGACCGCAAGUCCACUGAGAUGAGCCUCCACCUCAAACAGACGUUUGAAGCUGCGGUGAUGACCCAGCUUUACCCACGCUCUCAGAUAGAUAUCUAUGUCAAGAUUCUGCAGUCAGAUGGAGGGAACUAUAGUGUGUGCGUGAAUGCUGCCACUCUAGCUGUGAUUGAUGCUGGCAUCCCCAUGAGGGACUAUGUGUGUGCCUGUACUGUAGGGUUUGUGGAUGAGACACCCCUCGCAGACCUUUGCUAUGCAGAGGAAGGUGGAGGAGUGAGCUCUCUGGCCUUAGCACUGCUGCCCCGGGGUGGACAGAUUGCUCUGCUGCAAAUGGACGCCAGAUUACAUCAGGAUCACCUAGAGAGACUGAUUGAAGCAGCCAUGACGGCCUGUAAAGGUGUCGGCAAGGUACUGGAUGAGGUAGUGCGGCAGCAUCUCCAAGAAGUGUCAGUGCUCACUUCAGACUGACACGGAUGAGAAUCUACAUUUGGACGGUACUUUUGCGUGCAGCCUGAUGUUACUGGACUUUGAAUGGGGAGGAAUGAUUGGAAAUUACAUACGUUUUUUAUGGCUUCAUAGAAAUUACUGUAUACUUUUGAAUAUAUGUGGUGAACCUAACAUAAAUAUGUGGACCCUG